AUGCACGGACAACAACUUGUUUCUAAACAUUGCCAUGCAUUAACUGAUCCAUCAUACAGUUUGGUGAAAACCGUGGCAAAUAACAAUAACACCCUUCUGAGGAACUUGUUAUCUGUGGAUGAAGCUGCUCACAAAUUCGAUGAGCAUGCACCUUCUUUGGUUAAGCAGGUUGCAACCCAAGUCACUUGUUUGGUUCAGAAAGUGACACACAAAGCUGAGAAAGUAGUGAGUGAGGCUCAAUCUGGAGGGGCGCGAGCAGCAGCAAAUUAUGUAGCCACUGAGUCCAAGCAAAUUGUGCUCUCUGGUUCGGUGAAAUUGUGGACUGGUCUCAACCAAUAUCCAUCAUUCCAUUCAGUGGCAGAGAUGGCAGUUCCCCUAGCUGCCGAAGAGUUUAACGAAUUGAUGACAUCAAAACUAAAGUGGAGGCUGCUUGUCCCGGAGUUGUUUCUUGUGCAGAUAUUCUAG